UUCCGCCUCCACCAAGCCUCUGCCUUCCUCGCUCCUUGCAUCCCCGGAUUCCAGUUUGGUUGCUCGUGGCUAGGGUUGGACCGGCGGCCUCGGCGAUGUCGGCGCCGUGGUGGGACUCCGACUGGAAGGACCGCUCCGGCCCGGAGUACCGCUGCUUCGUGGGCAACCUUCCGUACGGCACCAGCGAGAGCUCCCUCAAGGACGCUUUCUCCAACUACGCCCCCCUCUACUCCGAGAUCGCGGUGGAUCCUGAGACGGGGAGGUCCCGCGGCUUCGGGUGGGUGCAGUUCGAGGACCAGAAGUCGAUGGACAACGCCAUCCAGGGCAUGAACGGCCAGCAGGUCGGCGGCCGCAGCGUCACCGUCAGCCAGGCCAACCACCGCCCGCGCCGCUGGAGGGCGUGAACGGCCGGCCGGCACGCCGGUGGCCAUGGCCUGCUGCGCGCGGACAACAGACUAGUUGGUUAUCUCCCCCAAUCGUUAGGCCUUUAGCUAAUUAGUACUAGUGGUGGUGUUAGUUGUCU